AUGUCAUAUUCUAAUAAGUAUACGUUUGCGGCUUUGCCGAGAACACAGCGCGGUACGCCUUUAGUGUUGGGAGGUGAUCCUAAAGGGAAGCAUUUUUUGUAUACGAAUGGGAAUUCGGUAAUUAUUAGGGAUAUAGAAAAUCCGGCGAUAUCUGAUGUAUACACCGAACAUUCGUGUCAAGUUAACGUCGCCAAGUACUCGCCGAGUGGCUUUUACAUCGCCUCUGGAGAUGUGUCCGGCAAAGUCCGUAUAUGGGAUACUGUGAACAAGGAACAUAUUCUGAAGAAUGAAUUCCAACCAAUCGGUGGACCUAUCAAGGAUAUUGCAUGGAGUGCUGAUAGCCAGCGUAUGGUAGUCGCUGGCGAAGGAAGGGAACGGCCCAUGGAAGCAAAAAGUGAACUGCACCGCAUUAGUGACUUCUUGUUCUUUUGCGGGGCUGUUUCUGGUUACCCCCUUUUAAAGGGGAAAUACCGUGAAGAGUGA